AUGGCCGCGUCUAGUAGGGCGACCAAACCUCCGCACCCUAUGUAUUCUCCGGCUUCACAUAAUAAUAACAAUGCUUCGAUACUACUGGAGAAGAACCGUCAGGGUGCUCGUCGUUCCACGCCUGAUUCAGAGGCACUUGCCUCCUCCGAAGAUGAAAACGAUCAUCACGGACGCAACCAGUCACAGCCCACUCCUGUUCCAAAACCUGCGAGACGCACCUCAUGGUUGAACGAAAUCCCCAGCUCAUUGCCGCGAAAGGCAUCCUUGACCGCUUCAAGCUCGUUUUCACCCGUGAAUUCCAAUCCCACGACACCGGCAGCCGACCAAGUUACAUGGGCAUCUGCGACAAGCCCAGGAUUAACCAGUUCAAUCAACUGGGGUUCUUCAGGCAAUGGAUCGUUUCCAUGGGGCACUGGGAUUUGGAAUACUGAGAAUCGGAAAGAACCACCGUCGAGAUUGAGUGAAGUCCUCCAGUCUCCCACCUCUAUGCACCCGCCCACUUCAAGCUUCGGUCCUGCGGACGAUGUGAUCAGCCCGACCGCACGCUCCGCUACAGAAGCAACUAUACCGUUCGCAAUCCCUCUACACCCGACUCCUAAAACCUACCGGUCUCAAUCGUAUUCAGUUGGACAACUCGACCCGGAGACUACGAACGUAAUGCCAGUCAAAGCUGCUGCACCAGUAUCCGGUGCUCGGAGCAGAAACAGUGCCCAAUACUCUGUCCAGCGUCGCUCCUCCCGCCCUAGUAUGCUUGGAGACUUGGGGCGCGUUCGAGAAGACGAAGAUGAUAUUAGCCCGAAUGAUUCUGAAGGCAAUAGCAAUUGGUCUUCUAAUCAGGCACGUACUAUCGAGCAACUGACUUUAGAGAAUACACUCUUGCGCCAAGCUGCGUCAAACCAGCCUGAAAGCGCACGACUUCGGGAUCGAACUCUUUCGUCUACGUCGGCUAACAGUGGAUAUUCUAUUGCUCAGGGUCAUAAAUUACAUCCCAUCCAUGGAAGCGUCCCGGAGGAGUCCGAUUUGGCGGUCGAAGACACCGACGAGCUAGGCGAAUUUCCCGGAUACAAUACUACGCGUAGUAACGCGAGGAGGCGAUUCAGUUUGCAUUCCGCUAAUUUGGAAAAGCAGUUCCCUAAUUUUGCUUCCUUGGACAAUAUCAAGCGAGCACAAUGGCAAAGCUCUCUGGGUUUUGGCGGUGUUAACGACGUUCCGCAGAGUCGUCGCCACUCUUUCGCUGACGUCCCCACUAGACAAGCCUCAUCGUUUUCCGGCGCCGCAGAGUCUCAACCACUUGUCGGUGCAGCUUUCCAGAAACAAGAUGAUGGCACUGGAACUUAUGCGGAGGCUGGUAUGAAUGCCCCAUCUGGAGAUAACCGUGAGUAUCUCAAGUCUCGUAACAAUCAGUCCCUUGCCGAACGUGCAAAGGAACUGGAAGGUUUACGUGCUCGUCAAUUUGCAGCUUCCUACUUUUCAGGACAUGAUAUUUCAACCCGUGCAACUGAACCUGCUACAUCAGGAAUUUCCACUGCUUUGCAUCAAGCUUAUGUUAUGCCCAACGCCUAUGGUCGCCAACAUGCAGCCCUGGCCCAACCGCAUCAAAACCAGCAGCUAUUUGUCGUUACGUUCAAAUGUUGCAGGGCGGAUGUCUUUUAUAUUCAGGAGGAUACUGGAUUGCAAGUUAAACCUGGUGACCUCGUUAUUGUCGAAGCCGACCGCGGGACCGACCUCGGUACAGUUGCUCAGGCCAACGUGAGCUGGCAAAAGGCACGGGAACUGAAAGACCGUUUUGCAGAGGAGCACUACAAGUGGUUGAUGCUGUUUUCACGCCAGAACCAGUCGGGAACCCCCCAUGCAGUGAACCCUAAUGGCCCUUCAGGAUUAAGUGGAAGCGCAGUCGGUGGUAUGGGUCCGCAAAGCCCACACACCGGACAAGAAGCCCAAGGAGCGGAUAUAAAACCAAAGUUGAUUAAGCGACUUGCACAGAAUCAUGAAAUCCAAACACUACGUGAUAAGGAAGGGAAUGAAGCCAAGGCCAAACGCGUUUGCCAGCAGAAAGUUGUCGAGCAUAGAUUGAAUAUGGAAAUUCUUGAUGCUGAAUUUCAAAUGGAUUGGAAAAAGCUUACCUUCUAUUAUUUCGCUGAUACAUAUAUCAAUUUUAAUUCGCUGGUCACGGAUUUAUUCAAAAUUUACAAGACUAGGAUUUGGAUGUCUGCGAUCAAUCCUGCGUCAUUUGUCACGCCGACGGCGGGCUUGCAGCCCCCCGGUGCUCUUGGGCCCUCGUCCUCUUUGAGUCUAAGUCAAGAUCCGCAUAGUGAUCGCCGUCGCCAGCAUGAUUAUAAGCAAUAUGGAACCGGAAUCAAUCAAGGGCUGUCUCCAGGAAUCUUCGCAGAGCCGCUGAAUAGAGAUAUGUCCACUCAAGCCGGCGUCCGUUCUCCUUACCUAGAUCCGUACCAAUCACUUGGAGGUGCCAGACAGCCUGAAGCUGGAUAUAGCAGUUAUACACCUGGUCUGCAGCAUCAAGCGGAUCCCUUCGGCUCCUACCAAACCAAUUACGGCACUUCCGACCCGAACGCGACAGGCUUCGGCGCAACGGGCGUUCGCAGUGGCUAUCCUGGCCAGGAAGAAUGGAUGAACCGAUUCCAAGGCCUUUCACUCGGCUCGUAG